UCAUUUUUUAACACGAAUUUUGAAAUUAAGUAACUGAAUCUAGUGGCAACCCGGAAGUAGUUUAUACCUCUGUUAUAUCGCAUCAUCGACACUUCGAGAACAUUUCUGAGCAAAGCUGAAAUUCGAAGAUGCCAUCGGCCGAGCAUUCUCUUGGGACAGACUUUGUUGUGGAGAACAUCUGCAGACUCAAUCCAGACAUAUUGGCACAACACUGUCAUCAUAUCCUGAGUUAUCUGCAAGGAAAGACUAAAGGAGUUGACUCUGCAGAAAUUUGUGACACUUUUCAGCGAGCCGGAGUCACACUUGAUCAUGAAUCUCUACAGAGCAUUGUCAGAUUCCUUUUGUUAUCAUUCAGGUCUGCCGGGAAAAGCGAGCUGUCUGCAGACGACUUUGUGUCAAGGCUAGAAGGUGGCAGCAAAAAAUGGUCCAAAGCAUCGCUCCAGGUCCUCCACAAUUUAUGGAGUGAACAUGGAGGAUCAGUACAAGUCCAGCAGGCCACCCAGGACUUGCUCAGCGCCGGUCGGCUCGUGGAUAUGCAAUGGAAGCUAGGCAUGGCAGUGAGCUCUGACACCUGCCGUUCUCUCAACUCGCCCUUCGUGACCAUUCUUCUGAAAAUCGCUGAGCCGACGGGCCAGAUAAGCCAGAAGGCUUUUGAGAUGACAGUCCCGCAAUUCCAAAACUUUCACAAGCAGAUGAAGGAGCUGGCGGCUGUCAUGGAGACCAUAUGAUUGACUGCACAUGCCGGUGUUUACUGUUGACUCUUAUUUUUUUCCACAUCCCACUCUGAGCAGAAAAUUAAAAACACCACUUAUUGCCUUGUUUGGUCUGGCAUUGGUACAUUGUGUAGAGACAAUGCUCAUAAUUUGUGUACCUUUGUUAUUUAAGAAAUAAUGUACAGUACAAUGGAGGGGAUAGGCAAUUGGCAGUCUCCUCCCCCAAGACAGAUGUUUGUUGUAGCACCUUCACUGACCUGUGGGUGGCAGCAUGAGGCCACCGGGCAUCUAGACUAAAAUGCUCAAAUAAGUAAAAAAAAGGACAGUAUUAGAAAGAGAAAGUGUGUAUUGCUUUUGGAAACUUCACAUUAUUACUGUGAAUAACUUGUGACUAGACACGUUACACAAACAUGCCUCUAUUUUUGUAUGGGAACAACAAAAGGCCCUCAAAUUUGGCCCGUUGUUGGUAUGUGCAAUUCCCAGAAUGAGGGGGUAUGAAAUUUAACACCACUCUCAGAGAAUCCUUGCAUUUCCUCAAAUAAUUUGUAAGCGAUUAGUUUUCAAUGAUAAGUUUUAUGAAAUGAGGUGUGAUCAUAGUUUGUGGUAGAGUUCAAACUAUUAUUACAGGGAAUUAUUUUUAGGGGUCGGCGUCAUGUUUGUGUACAGCAAGUGGUGCAUUGGUAGUCGAUGUGAAAAAAAGGCACAGACUUUUGUUAAAAGAUAAAGAAGCGGGCAGUCAAGCAUGAGCCCUCUCAUGUCUUAGCUGAUAAGGUUGCAGCAGCUAUUUUUAGGGACCCUAGGUGUCAUGGCACGUGGUAGGUGUGCAGUGGGGGUCUCCCCACUGAGAGCCUAGUUAAUAAAAUGGUCAUUCCAGGAUUGGGGAUAAACAUUGACACUUCUGAAGUUAUGUUAAUCCUUUUACUCAUAUCACAUAUAACACAAUGGUUUUCUGUUGAGUUUUUCAUUUAGUUUACACAGCUAGUAGUUGAGAAAAAAAAUAAUUUGCAAAAUUGUUACUUUCAGCUUCUGCCAUAAUGCAGUGUAACACUCAAACAAAUGCAACCCUGUUAUUCAUCAAUGUUUUUCAGCUUUUACAUAUUUUGUUCUGACCAUUUAGCAUACCAGUUUACAGAGCUAGCAUAUACGCAUGAGAAAA